GUACACAGAGUCAGCGCCCUCACCAAAUAUUUUUUUUCGAAGUUUUGAGCUGGGCUUAGCGGUUUAGUUACCGCAUCGGCGUCGAUUCUUUUAUGAAGUGUGCGGCUCGAAUUUAGCCCACGCGUUCUUGUCUUCGUAAUUUGUCAUUCAUUUGUGCACGAAUUUCUUUCGUAGCAAGAAAUUGCUGCCGCAACAUGUUAAUUAAAGUCAAGACACUCACCGGAAAAGAGAUUGAAAUAGACAUCGAACCUACCGAUAAGGUCGAGAGGAUCAAAGAAAGAGUUGAAGAGAAGGAGGGCAUUCCUCCUGCACAACAGCGACUCAUCUUUAGUGGAAAACAAAUGAAUGAUGACAAGACAGCAGCAGACUACAAAGUCACUGGUGGCUCCGUGCUCCAUUUAGUAUUGGCACUUCGUGGUGGUGCUGAAUGCCCACAACCAAUGUAAAUGUUGUUCAGGAAACCUGGUAGUUUUGUACCAGCGUCAAGAUUGACAUGUGGGAUCCUGUUCAUUUAACAUACCAUGUCUUGUCUAUGCUUUAAAUUAAACAUUAAGAGACCUUAAUAAACCAUGUGUGAAAUCAUG